AUGAUCCAUACUAACACAGUCUACGUUAAGGGAAAGCAUAUCUCUUACCAGCGAAGCAAACGAGUUGUGAACCCCAACGUUUCUCUCGUCAAGAUUGAGGGCGUCUCCAACCCCGACGAGGCCAAGUUCUACGUCGGAAAGCGAGUUGCUUACGUCUACCGAGCCGAGAAGGAGAUCCGAGGCUCCAAGGUCCGAGUCAUGUGGGGCAAGAUUUCCCGAACCCACGGUAACUCCGGUGUGGUCCGAGCUCGAUUCCGACACAACCUCCCCGCCAAGACCUUUGGCUCCUCCGUCCGAAUCAUGCUCUACCCUUCCAACAUCUAA